UAGAUUAGUGAUUAGAGGCGGUUGUGUUGUUAUAUUGCGUGUGAAUCCCUUAGUACUGAAGUUUUGUUAUCGUGUUUUAGCUGUUUACCAUCGAGAUCUGCUAAAUAUUCACGAAUAGAAUCGAAUUAUAUACGUUAUUUUACAUCGCAUGAAACAGGAAGGGAUCAGCAGUUCAUGGAAGACAGUCGGCAUAAAACGGAAGACGGCACUCAUCAGGAGGACACUGAACACAGCACUAAAGAAUCGAGCUCAUCUCCAUCUGUCCCAUCUCACACUACCCUUACCUGUGCUUUCACCCAAACACCCUCCCCCUGUCCUGUCGUCGAGGGUUCAUGCGACCCCCCUGAGGGAGGGAAUGAUGCAAAGCGGACCGCUGUGGCCAACGGACUGCCCCUCUCCACUGUGUCGCAGCGCUACAUGCCCCGUGAGGUGCCCCCACGCUUCCGGAACCAGCAGGAACCAAAAGUGCUACUGAAGAGGGGCCAGCCUCCACUGUCCAGUAUGCUGCUGGGGGGUGGGAACGGAGGGGAAGCCACGCCCUCCCCUAAUGCAAGUACAGCUGACGCUUCAGAUCCUACUGUAGAUCAACAACUUCACUCAACAUCUGAUGCCUCUGCUACUCACACUUAUGCAAAUUACACAUGGGGGCUGGGCUCAGGAUUUCGACCCUCGGCUCAGGGAAUGGACAAGGUUAUAGUUGACAAUUCUGAUAUGGAGAAAUGGCCAAGUGUCAAUGAGAGUGUAAGACUGGAAGAUUCUGCAGCCAAGAGCAGCAGUGCCUCAUGGGAUUGUGAUUUGACACCAGAGGAGAAAAUAUCUGUUGGGCUGAGAAUGGACAGUUCUCCUCUUUGUGAAUAUGCAGAAGAGGGGGGUUCAUCCUCACAAACUGAGAAUAAAGAAUCCAUUAAAGGAGUUUAUGAGUCCUUUAAUUCCAAGGUGUUGCAUCCUGCUGGAAACAGGGAGGGGACUCAAGGACUAAACCCAAACUACAGCCAUCCAUCAUGGGCUGCCCCCCUGCAAGAUAGUCCUGAUGGAACAGCCUCAAGCAGAGGACUCUUAACUCACACUGCCUCUGAGGAAUCUCUUCCCAUACCCUUGAGUCCACUGCACCAAACGCUCAGCAAGAACAGAGAGUGUAUUAUGGCUGACUGGAUGGAGCUUAAAGCUGGACCAAAUGUUAUUGACUGCAAAGAGGGUGGUGUCACAUGUGCAGAUGUGUGGGAUACAGGUACAGAGACUGUUGGGAGGGAAAGUAAUGCAGCAGGUGGGGAAGGACGUUUAGGUGAUCGCACUGGCAUCUCUCAGGUAACUUUGGAUAAAGAGACUGUAGGUUCAAAUGAGCAGGCAGCUGCAGAAUGGACCUCAGACUCUGUUGGAGCAUCAAGAGAGGAUGUGAGGAAGAGCUCUACGGACAGCACAGAUUGUUUACAGGACUCGUCAAUGUUUGCAACCAAUACAGUGGCAUCAAGAGAUGACAAUCAGAAAAGGAUUGAUAGUUGGGGUGAGUCUAAAGGAGAAUCUACUGACAGGAAAAGCAGUGAGGAAGAGACGCUGGUCCAAAGCCCCUCUAGAGAUCAGUCCCUCCACUCUGAAGAGGCCUUACAGAGUGUGAUCAAUCGCACUAACCUGGAUCCUAGAGUGCUGUGCAACACCGGAUGGGGUAAGACACAAAUCAAGCAGAAUGUCGCCUGGGAUCUAGAGGUGAACAUUAGGAAUGUUGACUGGAAUCAAGAGGUGGACACUGGCCACAGUAAGGAAGGUUGGCAGGAUGGAGGUGAGGCCUCUCAUUCCAAUUCCAAGAUGCAGAAGCGUGAGGGAUUGGAAGGCAGCCAGAGUCAAUUGGUUAGAGGUAAAGGGUGGGGUAGUGAUGAGCAGAAGUGGGAUGAGAGGAAGAUGGAGAAAGAUGAUGGUUGGGGAGAAGCCCAGGUGAACGAAGGUACAUGCAGGAGGGAAGGAAUGGGGAAGGACCAAGGUGGUGGAAGUGAUUGGGGACAGAGGGCCCCUUUGCCCAAGGGAGGAGGCUGGAAGGAAGAGAGAGGCAGUGACCGCAAGAAUCAGGAUGAGGGGUUAUGGGGUAUCUCUGAAGAUACUGGGCAACGGAGUGCUGGCUGGGGAGGUAAUGGAGGAGUCAGUGUCAAACAGCACCAAGGAUGGGGUGAUAAGCCUUCUCCAUCACAAAUACCAAACAAACAAAUAGCACUUAAAACGCAAAAUCCACAGCAGCAGCAAUCGCAGACCCAACAGCAAAUGCCGGGACAUCCAAAAUCCUUGCAGGACAGCAGGGGUUAUCCAGGAGGGCCAGAUGGUCAGAGCAAAGGGUCGGGAUGGACAUGUGGCCCCAUCCCUCAGAUGUCUUCAGUUGUAGAGCCAAGUGGGUGGGAGGAACCCUCGCCUCAGUCCAUCAGUCGGAAAGUGGAGAUUGAUGAUGGCACGUCUGCAUGGGGUGAUCCUUCACGCUACAGCAGCAGGAACGUCAAUCUGUGGGAUAAGAACAGCUCAAAGACUCAACAGCAAAGUUGCCAACAAAGUCUACAGCAGUCGUCUGAAAGACAGGCUGAAGCUCCAUCUAAGAACUCUAUUCCAUCAACAUGGGGACGCAGCAGUGGUCCCCCAGAUCAGUCCACGGACAACAGCUCAACUGCUUGGGGGAAAUCAUUUGAUGGGUCAACUGGCUGGGGAGACUCGGAGGAACAGGGGAAAGGGGGAGGAUGGGCAAACUCACGUUCCCAUCCAGCCAAGUCUGGUUCAAAAUCCAUGCAAGAGGGUUGGGGUGAUGAAGGCUCAAAUUCAUCCCGCCACCAGAGCUGGGAGGAAGAGAAUGGUAGAACUGGUGUCUGGGGCAGUAGGGAAUCCCAAAGCAGCAUGUCCACAUACAACUCCGGGGGAUGGGGGCAGGGGCAGGGGGCUAGAAGACAUAACAACAAGAGCCCCCUGAAAGGUAACAGCGGGGACUCAUGGGCAACUCCUGUGAGUCGGCAGUUCUCAAACAUGGGCAUCAUGGAUGAAGACUCCAACGUGGGUCAGGAAAGACAUGACAGGAGAGGAAUGAACGAUGGAGAAAUGCGAAGAGGGGGCAGGGUUGGAGGAGGGUUUCGAUCACAAAAUUCCAAAGAGACCACACCUGGGGAAAGUGGGACAUACCUGGACAAGGUUGGGGGUCAUGGUAUGUUUGGCAGCAGUGGUAUUUCUCAGCUAAGAGGGAUGCAUCAAACUGCAGUGCACCCCCUAAACCCUUCCCCUGUGAUACGAGCACAAGUGCCUCAUCAGUUCCUGCCUCCUCAGGUGCCCGGGCCUAUGCUAAAACCAAUGGCACCACCCAGUGGUGGUAUGUUCCCUCCCCAGCUCUCCCCCCAGCACAUUGCCAUGCUUGGGGGUAUUCAUCCACACAUGCAGCAGUUCCAGCUAGCUUGUCAGCUCAUUCUCCAGCAGCAACAGCAGCAGCAGCAGCAACAACAACAACAGCAGCAGUUUUUGAAUCAGAGGAAGUUUCCUCCUCCUCCUCUAAGACAACAACAAGACCCACAGCAGUUGGCACGUAUCAUGGCUAUACUCCAGCAGCAACAGGGGGUGGGUGGGCCCAAACUCCCCUCAUCCCCCAUGGGAGGACAUACACCCAAAUAUCCAGACACGCCCCUCCAUCACCUGGGCGUAAAUGCCCACAAACAGCCGGACAUGCCCCUGCAUUCUGCCAUGGGUGGAUCUGAGCUGCACACCAAACCAAUGCCGGCUUUCACAGGUUUUGCAGGCGGUCCUGAUCUGGAUUCUCUGAGUUCUCCCGGUGGUUUAAAGGAUGGUGGGGGACCUCAGUCUCGCUAUAAAUGGAUGAUGGAUGGAAACAGUCUGACGCCCUCACCAGAACCCACACUGCACAAUGGACCAGUAAAGUUGGGAGGCGGCUCUUUAUACUCUCAGUAUGAUGUGUUGGGUGGCAGUUGGAACAGAACCGGAAGUGGCAAAGUAGACGCGUCUCCUGCCAACCCCACCUGGCCUCCAGAGUUUCAGCCGGGUGUCCCAUGGAAGGGCGUCCAAAGUCCUGAGCUCGAGCCUGACCCCUACAUGACCCCUGCAGGAAUGCUGGGACCCACCGUGCUCAGUGAUACAGAACAUCACCUGCUGCAAGACAACACAGGAUCAAACUCUUCACUAAACACCUGUUUGCCUUCACCUGGUGCCUGGCCGUUCAGUGCCUCAGACCCCCCCAUCACUGCACACGGCACAGCUAAAUACCCCGAGUUAAAGUCCAGUUGGCCGCCUGAGCCCAUUGGACACAGCAAAUCAUGGAGAACCAAUCGGAACAGUUCCCAUCUGCCCCGCCCCCCUCCAGGUCUCUCCAGUCAGAAGCAGUCAUGGUCAGCAGAGGGGCCGCGGAUGCCCAGAGCAUGGGGUGGAGGGUCGAGCGGCCAGGAGUCGUCCUUUAAAUCAGAGUGGAGUGACGGUGGGGCAGGAAAGUCCUGGCUCCUACUGCGAAACCUCACACCUCAGAUUGACGGCUCGACCCUGAAGACGAUCUGUCUGCAGCACGGCCCCCUGAUGACCUUCCACCUCGGUCUGACCCAGGGUAGCGCUCUGAUUCGCUACAGCUCUCCUCACGAAGCUGCCAAAGCACAGAGCGCCCUGCAUAUGUGCGUUCUGGGAAACACCACCAUCCUGGCGGAGUUCAUGAGUGAGGAAGAGGUCAUCCAAUACUUCACACAUUCUCAGACCGCUGGGGUCACGGGGUCACCCGAGGGGUCGUCCAGCUCUGACCCCAGCUCACGAGAGCCCGAGGGCCGCGGGCGGAGGGGGGGAUGCAGAGGCAGGCGCGGGCUGGCAGGGUUUGGGAGUAACGGGUGGAUCUGGACUCGCUCUCCUCAGCCAAUGGAGCAACAGCGCAGGGGAGGGGGUGGGGAAAGGUGUCUGGGGGGGUGUGGCUCCAGGAUACCAUGGCAGCAGCCUGUGGGGCACACCUCAAUUGGAGGACAACCCAGCUGGAUUGUUGCCAGGCAACCUGCUUGGAGGUGGGACAGACAAUUUGUGAUUGACCCUGAUUGUGAGUUAUUUAAGUUCUGGUACAUGGAGUUUCGGCACCAAACAGAACCGUUGUCAAGCAUAUGGAAGCCCACAGAUGACAUGUCUCUUUUAUAAUGUUUCUUUGUUUUCUCAAGAAAAAGGGUGAAUCUGAUGAAAACAUGUAUGGUUCAUAUUUCACCCUAAAACUAAAAUAUAAAAAUAGGAAAUUAUAUUUAGCUAAAAGGAAAUGAAGCUUAUUUUAGGACCAGUAACAUUUGUUUGCAUUGUGACUUUAUUUAAGCACAUUUCUCCCAAAUUCUCAUUAUUGUAAAAUAUCCAGAGGUUACUUUUGAGUUAUAUUGUAAUUUAAUUAUUUUCAAUGCUGAUUUUAUAUAUAUAUAUAUAUAUAUAUAUAUAUAUAUAUUCAUAUCGGCAGAAAAUAAAGGCAGUUCAACAAAUAUUACUGUAAUGUAUAAUUUUUUUACAAUAAUGCAAAUUUUUGGAUGCUCAAUUGUCAUAAAAAUAAUUUCACAAUACAAAUAAACAAAUGACCCAGACAUGUUCUUACAAAUGUAUAUAGCUUGUUUUCUUAAGAUAUAACUUUCUUAAGUUGAGAUCAAUAUAGAAAUAAGAUUAGUAGUAUUAACGUCUGUCCUCUGUGGGCUUCCGUAGUUUUGCCGUUUGCUUUGGUGCCGCUACAGCUGCAGAAAUGACACGCUCCCAUUCAGACAUUUCCACACAAACACAGGACUUACUGACAGGCUUUUAUAUCCAGUGAGAAAUCAAACACAUGUGGAUGUGCUUACAGACAUUCAUCGCCAGAGUUAAGCUAUCGUGCAGGGACUGUUUCUAAAGGCCUUCUUUAACAAAGAUUUCAAACAAACAUCAAGUAUAAGUCUGAUGUUACGCUGACACACACAAGCGCAACUGUUUAACGCUUCCAUCUCAUGAAAACUACCAAUCAUAUUUUACUCCAAAAUCUAAAUCUUCUGUUUUUAAUUCAAUAAUGUAUGAAGAAAAUUAAGCACAUUUUUAGGACGUUGUUACUUUGUGUCGACUGUAAUGUCAAAAGAUAAUCGUAAGAAGUGUUUCUAAAUCAUGAGUCCAGACAGUGAUUGUCAUUCUUGUACUACAGUAGAUAACACUCAUUGUUAUGUGACAAUAUUUGGAAUGGAAAUGAUGUCACAAUGUAAUCGAUCUUAAUGGUCCUAUGAAUAGGCUUCAUGUUCUUUAUGCAAAGUAUAUAUAUAUAUAUAUAUCAUUUUCAUUUGGGGUUUUUGGGUGAAAUAUGACCUGGAAAUGUCUUCUCGAGAUGAUCACAGCAAGAGCUCAUUUGUUUAUUUAGUGUGAUUUAUUUUAUUGUAUUUUUUGCAAGAAUUCUUGAAGCUGGUUGAUAGUAUUACAGUGUCGCUGCCGUCAUGUGGCUUUAUUUUGAUACUGGGGUGAACAGCCAGAUAAACUCAUACAGACUAUCGCCGACCCUUUAGCAUUUAAUCACAAGCAGGAAAUGAAUUCUAGAUAUCUACAAUUACAAUUUCUACUAGUUCAAAUGCGAAUUCUUGAUAUCAGCGAUUGAAAAGUCUUGAUAUCAGUUGACUUGCACUUGUAAAAACAAUCAUUCAUUAUUAAAAUUAAUGUUCUCGAAAAUACCCAUAAAAAUUCAACUAGUUCGAAAAAUUGUAGUUGCUAAUUUCUCUUGUAGAACUUCACAAUGACGUUGUCUUCUCAUGAUUAAAAUAUAAUUACACGCAUCUAUAAUUCAUUUAUAACUAUUUGAAAGUCCACGUCAGCUAUGUGUUAACUAGUGAAUGUUUUAUAUAAAAGAUAUGUGUCAUUCUAGAACAAAUAUCUAUUUCUGUGAACUAUAACUACUGAAAAUACCAUUUCCAUAAUAUUGUAUUUUACAUGUCUGGAAAUGGAUGUCAGAUAUCAAUAAAUUACAGCGUAAUUUAAAUAUAGUUAUAAUCACAUUUCUGAUUUCACAAAUGAGCAUUUUUACUAGAUCUAAUUCAGUUGUUGAUAUCAGAAAUGAACUUUUGCAUUCGAUACAAUGUAACGUUUCACUAGUAAAAGCUGAAAUGUGACAUUUUUAUUUCAACUAUUUAGAAAUUGUAGUUAUUUGUAGUUGCGUUUUGAACAGGAAUAAAAAUAACAAAUAAAAUAAAUUUACUAGGUGAAUUUCUAUUUUUGAUAUCAGUAUAGUAAUUGCGUCAUUUUUUACCUCAAGAAUUAACGUGUUUUCACAUGUUUAAUGACAUUGUUUAUAUUAAGAAUUAUUAUUGCGAAUAGUGAAAUUUGAUUUGUAGAUAUCAUCAUUUCUGUCCUGCUGGUGGUGAAGUGUGGAGAGGGCUUGCGAUGACGUUCAUUUCUCCAGCGCAGCGUUCCCUGUGGAUUUGUGUAACUAAACACAUUUGACCUUUCACUGUUUCUUCUUCAUCUGUUUGUCAGGUUUGAUGUUGCAUUUAUGUUUGAUUUGAAUAUGUUUUUUUUGUAAUGCAUAUAAAGGUUCUCUUUAAAGACUGAGUGUGGGUGAAAUGUGUGACGAACAGGCGAAUGGGAAAUUCCUGUCUGUGCGCACUUUACUGUUUAUGAGUGGCUGCUUUAUGUUUAAAAGUUGUAAAAUGUUCAUUGUGUACUAUAUACUGUUGGUUGUGUUUUACAAAUCUUGGCAUUAGCGGGUUUCUGCGAUUUUGCGUUUCUUUUUUUAAACGUACUCAUGUAGCCUUUUAUAUCGGCUGAAUUGCAAUAAUGAUUCGACAAGCAUUUUAAAGACACAAAUGUGUGACGGCGUCUCUGCCAAAAACGUACCCCAACAGAGUUUACAAACAGCUAAAAAACAUUGUAUGCAUUUAUUAUGUUUCUGUAUUGUUAUUUGUUUUAAAUUAAGACUUUAACACUCCUUUCAGUGUUUUACAGAUUUUUCAGAGAUAAAAAGUGAAAAGUUUAUUUAAAUAAAAGUUAAAUAUGACACUGUUAUAAAUAUUGAAAUGUUUUUGACAUGUCUCCUGUCAGUCAUCAGAACAGCUCUCUCUCUCUCUCUCUCUCUCUCUCUCUCUCUCUCUCUCUCUCUCUCUCUCUCUGGAUGAUGAUAAAACAGACAUGUAAACAUGCCGCCUAAGUUAAGAAGUUGCGUGUUUGCCUCUGCGGUCAGUCUUUUGUGAUCUUUGGGGGAGCCAGUUCUCAUCUGACCAUACAGCAUGAAUAUAAUGACCAUUAGCUGCUGUAUAUGUAAUAUCAUUAAGUAAAUUAGCUGAUGUUACUAUUUGGUGGGUGAUAUUUAAAACUAGCUGACUGAUUUCGUUCAAUUUUAGGAGAAUGAAGUGAUAUUCGCUGUUCGAACUGGCUGCAGUUGGUAUCUGUUUAUUGUCUGAAAUCCAUUAAAUAAGGCAGAUAUUACGCAGGCAGUGGUCAGUGAAGAGUCCCUCGCUGUCUGGUUGGCACGGGCUGCAGUUAGUAUUCAUCGUUUGCAACACCAGGCUGAACUAAAGCUGCACAACCCAGCAGAGACAUGUCCGCUGAGCAUGUGCAUGCAGUGGCGAAUCAGAGGCCUUUAUAAGCUAAUCAGGGACGUUAACUCAAUGUUUAAGCAGUCUAAUCAGAGUUAUUAAUGGGAGAAAUGAACGAGAGGAUUGGAUCGCCCAAUAUGGCGGAUGUAGAAAAGGAAGUCCUUCCUUGCAGGUAAAAGAGCCUUUACAAUGACUACAAACAUCACCUGUCAGUCAACUCGAGAGUGUGUAUGCGCAUUUGCUGGACUAGCUUGACAGAGUUUUUUAAGCGUGAACACAAAGAAGCACAUUUUAUGAGACCAGUGUUGUCAGAUUUUACUGCUGAUUUUAAAUAUGUUCUUUAAUCAUUAUCUUGACCAACCCUUUUGGAGAUUUCGGUCUUUCUCUUGCAAUGUAUAUCUAACACCCCAAUAAAAGUAGAACGAUCCCGUUAUAAUGAACAAGGCGUUGUAAAUGUGUC